AUGGCGCAAGCCCUCACCCAGCACGCCCUGCAGCACCUCCUGCUGCUCCGGGACCGCGCCCUCGCGCAGCCGCCUUCGCAGUGGUGCCAAGUCCUUUUCCUCGGCGCUGCCGGUGGUAUCGUUGUCAUGCAGGCGCUGCCGGCGUCGCUUCGCGGCCUCUUGAUGGACUAUGGCGCGCGCGGCACCGGCAAAGCGGCAGACGAGGCAGACCAGAAACAGCCGCCGCCGCCGCCACCGCCGCCGCCGCCACCGCCGCCGCCGUCGCGGCUGAAGAAGCUCGUCGUCGCGGCGGUGACGGGCGCCGGCCAGGUCCCGCACGCGUGGUUCUGGCACUUUUACCUGCUGUCGGUCGCGUGCUCGGCGUUUUGGGCGUGGCAGUUUUGGGCCCGGGGCAGUGUGCUGCGUGCGUUGGCGGAGAGGCAGCAGCAGCAGCUGCGCGCGACGGAUGAUGGGUCAGGCGGUGGGGUGGAGGAGGCAGAGGCGAUGGCUCAAAUGGAAAGGGAGCUAGGAAAGGUGUUUGCGGCGUGGAUCAUGAUGGCGCUGCAGGGGACGAGGAGGCUAUACGAGAGCGUGUGUGUGAUGAAGACGGGUUCGGGCUCGUCCAUGUGGGUUGUGCAUUGGGCCGUGGGGUUGUCAUUUUACGCAAUCAUGAGCAUCAGCGUCUGGAUCGAAGGUUCGGAUGCCAUCCUCGCAUCCUGGGAGACGCAGGAGCCCGCGCGCAUCCUCGCCUCGCGCGUGCCCGUGGCCAUGGCGCUGUACUUUUGGGCCUGGAAUAAGCAGCAUGAGUGCCACGCGCACCUCGCGCGCUUGAAAAAGUACACGCUGCCCAGCGAGGGCCUCUUUCGGUUCCUCGUCUGCCCGCACUACACGUGCGAGUGCCUCAUCUACCUGGCGAUUGCGGUGGCGGCCGCACCAAUGGGCCGCUGGGUCAGCGGGCCCGUGAUGUGCGGGCUGGCGUUUGUCGUGGCGAACCUGGGGGCGACGGCGGUCGGCACGCGGAAAUGGUAUGUGCAAAAGUUUGGCGCGGCUGCGGUGGCAUCGCGUUGGACCAUGAUACCGUUUGUAUUCUAG